AUGUCUCUGCAAGGGGCGGCGGGGGCUGAGGAGCUGAUUUUCUAUGUGAAUGGGAGGAAGAUAAUAGAGAAAAAUGCUGAUCCUGAACAAAUGCUGUUGUCUUAUCUGCGAAAGAGACUCCGUCUUACAGGAACUAAGUAUGGCUGUGGAGGAGGUGGCUGUGGUGCCUGCACAGUGAUGAUAUCAACUUACGAACCAGCUUCAAAGAAGAUACAACAUUAUUCAGCAAAUGCAUGUUUGCUUCCCAUUUGCUCCUUGUACGGUGCGGCAGUCACCACAGUGGAAGGUGUUGGAAGUACCAAAACCAGGGUUCAUCCAGUUCAGGAAAGGCUUGCCAAGUGCCAUGGCUCCCAGUGUGGUUUCUGCAGCCCUGGAAUGGUGAUGUCCAUAUACACUUUGCUAAGAAACCACCCAGAACCAACUUCAGAGCAGAUGAUUGCAGCUCUGGCUGGGAACUUGUGCCGCUGUACUGGAUAUAGGCCGAUCCUAGAUGCCUGUAAAACCUUCUGUAAGGAAUCCGUUUGUUGUCAAAGGAAAGCAAAUGGAAACUGUUGCUUGGAUGAGGAAGAUGAUUUGUUUGACAAGAAAGAGAAGGUUUCUACCAGACUAUUUUCAACAGAUGAAUUCCAGCCCUUAGAUCCCACACAGGAGCUUAUAUUUCCUCCAGAACUAAUGAGAAUGGCUGAACAUCAACCAAAAAGAACUCUGUUUUUUCAUGGGGAGCGAAUGACAUGGAUUUCUCCUGUAAGCUUAGAUGAAUUACUGGAUCUGAAAGCUGCCCACCCCAAAGCACCUCUUGUGGUUGGGAACACCAGUGUGGGACCUGAGAUGAAAUUUAGAGGCGUGUUCCAUCCAAUUGUUAUUGCUCCUGCAAGGAUCCCGGAUCUGAAUGUGGUGAAAUGCACGAGUGAUGGUUUAACUCUGGGAGCUGCCUGCAGCCUCUCUCUAGUGAAAGACAUCUUGACACAUGCAAUCUCAGAGUUUCCUGAAGAGAAGACAAAGGUUUUGUGUGCUGUCUUACAGCAAUUAAGAACUCUGGGUGGAGAACAGAUAAGAAAUGUUGCUUCAUUAGGUGGAAACAUCAUAAGUAGAAAAUCAACCUCAGACUUGAAUCCUGUUCUGGCAGCUAGCAACUGUAUGCUCAAUCUGGCUUCAAGAGGAAGAAAGCGACAGAUUCCUUUGAGUGAUAUUUUUGCAGAUGGAGUUGGUAAUAAUACCAUUAUGCCAGAAGAGAUCUUAGUCUCUGUCCAUAUUCCCCAUUCUAGGAAGGGGGAGUAUGUCUCUGCAUUUCGACAAGCACCAAGACGGGAGAAUGCUCUACCAAUAACCAAUGCUGGAAUGAGAGUCCUUUUUGAAGAAGGUACAGACAUAAUAAAGGAUUUAAGCAUUUUCUAUGGAGGUGCUGUCUCGACCACAGUCUGUGCAAAACAAACCUGUGGGACACUUAUCGGAAGACACUGGAAUGAACAAAUGUUGGAUGAAGCUUGCAGACUAGUUCUUAAAGAAAUUGGUCUUCCAGGCUCAGCCAGUGGUGAAAAAGUAGACUACAAGAAAACUUUGAUAGUCAGCUUCUUCUACAGGUUUUUCCUGGAAGUAUUGCAGUCAUUAAAGACAAUGGAUCCUUGCCACUAUACUGGUAUACCUAUGGAAUACAGGAGUGUCCUACAAGAUUUCAAAACCAAAAUGCCCCAGAGUAUCCAAAUAUACCAGGACAUAGAGGCGAAUCAGUCUCCACAGGAUCCUGUAGGACGGCCUGUUAUGCACCAGUCUGGAAUUAACCAUGCCACUGGUGAAGCAGUUUACAUUGAUGACCUUCCUUCUGUAGAUGGGGAGCUCUUCCUGGCUGUUGUCACUAGUUCCAGAGCUCAUGCUAAGAUUGUAUCUAUAGAUACUUCAGAGGCUCUAAAAGGACCAGGUGUGUUCGAUAUCAUAACAGCUCAUGAUGUACCUGCUACAAACGAGUUUUACUACUCCGAUGAUCCGGAGAUUAUAUUUGCAAGAAACAAGGUGAUUUGUGUGGGUCAGAUUGUCUGUGCUGUGGUUGCGGAUUCAGACGUUCAUGCCAAACAAGCAGCUGCGAAAGUGAAGAUAGAGUAUGAAGUGCUGGAACCAGUGAUCUUAACAAUUGAGGAAGCUGUAAAGCACAAUUCGUUCUUUGAGCCAAAAAGAAAAUUAGAACAAGGAAAUGUUGAUCAGGCAUUUGAAACUGUUGACAAUAUAAUUGAAGGGGAGGUUCGCAUUGGGGGACAGGAACACUUUUAUAUGGAGACUCAGAGUGUGCUUGCUGUUCCAAAAGGAGAGGAUAAAGAAAUGGAUGUGUAUGUGUCAACACAGCAUCCAGCAAUUAUUCAGGAGAUGGUAGCUGCAAGUUUAGGCAUUCCAGCCAACAGGAUCAUGUGCCAUGUUAAACGAGUUGGUGGAGCUUUUGGUGGGAAACUCCUGAAAGCUGGCUUACUGGCAUCAGUUGCUGCAGUGGCUGCAAACAAAACCAACAGGGCAGUCCGUCUUAUUCUGAGCCGAGGGGAUGAUAUGUUAAUCACUGGUGGCCGACAUCCUUUUAUUGGUAAAUAUAAAGUUGGCUUCAUGAAUGAUGGUAGGAUCAGAGCUGUGGAUGCCAAAUAUUACAUUAAUGGAGGAUGCACGCCUGAUGAAUCUGUCCUGGUAGCAGAAGUAUCCUUAUUGAAAAUGGACAAUGCAUACAAGAUUCCCAACUUGAGAUGCUGGGCUUAUGCCUGCAAAACAAACUUGCCAUCAAACACAGCGUUCCGAGGGUUUGGCUUUCCGCAGUCAGCAUUGGUGACAGAAACUUGGAUAACAGGAGUUGCAGAUAAAACCGGUUUAUCACCAGAAAAGAUUAGGGAAAUAAAUAUGUAUAAGGAAAAUGAGCAGACACACUUCAAACAAAAGCUUGAUCCACAAAACUUAAUACGGUGUUGGAAUGAAUGUAUGGAGAGAUCUGCAUACUACAGUAGGAAAACAGCUGUCAAUGAAUUUAACAAACAAAAUUACUGGACGAAAAAAGGGAUUGCCAUUGUACCAAUGAAGUUCCCGUUUGGACUAGGCACUCGUUAUCUUUCUCAGGCUGCCGCUCUGGUUCAUAUUUAUACUGAUGGAUCCGUGCUUCUGACACAUGGUGGAAUUGAAAUGGGGCAGGGUAUUCAUACAAAAAUGAUCCAGGUUGCUAGUCGGGAAUUGAACAUCCCCAUGUCAUGUAUUCACUUCUGUGAAACGAGCACAACAACUGUUCCUAAUGCAUGUGCCUCAGCAGGAUCUGCAGGGACAGAUGUCAAUGGCAUGGCUGUGAAGGAUGCUUGCCAAACUCUUCUGAAACGCCUGCAGCCUAUCAUCAACAAGAACCCAAAAGGGACCUGGAAUGACUGGAUUAAAGAAGCUUUUGAACAGAGUGUGAGUCUUUCAGCUACUGGCUACUUUAGAGGUUACAGUGAAAACAUGGAUUGGGAGAAAGGGGAAGGACAGCCAUUCACAUAUUUUCUUUAUGGAGCUGCUUGUUCAGAGGUUGAAGUUAACUGUCUGACAGGAGACCACAAGAACCUCAGAACAGACAUUGUUAUGGACAUUGGAUGCAGCAUAAAUCCAGCUGUGGAUAUAGGACAGAUUGAAGGUGCCUUUGUUCAAGGCAUUGGACUGUACACAAUGGAGGAAUUAAAGUACUCUCCAGAAGGAGUCCUCUAUACUCGGGGUCCAGAUCAGUAUAAGAUCCCUGCUGUUUGUGAUAUUCCAGAACAAUUUAGUGUUUCCCUGCUGUCAUCUUCCCAAAAUCCUUAUGCCAUCUAUGCAUCCAAGGGGAUAGGUGAGGCAGGACUUUUCUUGGGAUGCUCUGUGUUCUUCGCUUUGAGAGAUGCAGUAACUAGUGUGAGGAAUGAAAGAGGACUGAAAAAGGCCUUUGCACUGAACAGCCCUCUGACCGCUGAACAAAUACGGGCAGGCUGCGCAGAUGACUUUACUGAGAUGAUGACAAAUGAUGACUCUGCUUCCUCUACUCCUUGGGCCAUAUCUGUGUGAAUGACAAACCAGAGUGCACAAGACCUGAAUGGAAUGGAAUGAAAAACUGAUUUACUGCCCCAAUACACACUAAUCAACACACAGAUAAAUAUAUUUUCUCAUUUUCAGAAUAGAAUCAGCUACCAAAAAUAUGCACAUUACAUCUUCUACCCUUAUAUUCCUUCUCCAUUCGGUAUAUUCAUUACAGUACUUUGCUUAAAUUACUGCAUUUAAUUGCUAGAAAUACAUCUCCUGCAUUUGAAGCAUAUAUAUUCAACAAGAAAGAUCUGCUGAACAGCUCAGCUCAAAUGCUGCAGGAGAAGAAGUAGUAAAGUUGCUUUAGAUUCUUCUGGCACAGACAUCUUUGUGUUAAAACCUGCAAGAAACAAGAGUUAUGAUUUUCUUUUGCUAUGCCAGGCAAAUUGCUAUGGCUGACUUACAUAUAUAGGAGAUUAAUUUUAUCCCAAAAGUUGGAAGAGUCAUUUAGUUGUAAUUUCCACUGGAAGCUUUCUUUUUCUCAUGGAGCAUGCCAAAAGCCUCUGAACUUAAUGGGAAAACUCACAUGGAGUUCAGCGUGCUUUGAAUAGGAGACUGAAUGAACCUAUCUCUGGAAAGGAUUCUCAAGCAGUGCUUAAUCCUGUGCUCAGGAGUAUAUUGAGCCAUGAAAGUACAGUUAAGAACUUUCUUCCACUCUUGGCCACUCCUGUGAUAAAGAAGAUGGAAUGAUAGUAAUGAGAUCAAAAGAUGAUCUGCAAAGAUCAGUCAUCCGAUGCUGCCUAGAGUGCAGUGGGAUUAGACCACACCCAAGUAGUAGCAGCUGGAGAAAACAGGAAAACAUAAAGCAGUAGUCUAUUAAAUGGUAACAGAAAUUCUGGUGUUAUUAAAUUUGAAGUAUGUAUAUAUUUUUAAUCUAAAAUGAGACCAAGAAAUUACAUAGACUGUAUCAAAGUUAAUAUAUUAUGAAAGCUCUGGCCACAAUACUCAGAUUUCGGCAUCAGAAUCCACAGUAUUGAACUGACAGAACUUCAGCCUUUCCUCCUCCUGAAGUGCAAAGCUGAGAUUUCAGUUCUGUUUGCACACACACAAAUACACAAAUCUCCAUGGUAUUUGAAUUUGGGACUUUGAGCUGGGAUACGUCCUAAUACAGAGAAAACACUUUUUUAGUAAGUGUACAGAAGUUACCCAAAGUAGCACCUGAAAAAUCGCAGCAGGUUCUUUGGUAAGAAAUUAGAACUGGGAAAAUAGGUAGUUUGUACAUUCAAUGU